UCGAGUCUGUUACUGCGCAUGGUCGUAGGCGGCUGUAGCGUCUUCCAUCUCGCAGUGUUUGGACGUCGCUUCUGGAGGGAAAUUGCUUCCAAUUGGGCUUUGCUGUUAAAAUCCUGUGGCGAGGCAGGCUCACAUUGCAAGGCAAGGUGGUUUUUUCUCAGCAGAAGCGCCAGUAUUUUUCAAAGCGAGAUACUGGCAUCAGCAGCAUCAAAAAAAUACCGAGAUCUAAGGUAAAAAUGUGUAUUCGUUCCAAUUACAAGAAUUUCAGUAUGGGGUGAGGCUGGUGAGCUUGACGCGUACCGAGACGACCGUAACGCCUGCGUGCCCCUCCCCCUCCGGCCCGCUGGCGUCAGAACCGUUCAGAGCCGCCCGCCAGGCCCCGCCUCAGCCCCGCUGCUCCUCCCCUUCCCCCUCCCCGCGCCUCCCGCCGCAAUCUUGGCGGGAAGACGCCAGCUGCUAAGCCGCCGAAAGAUGUCGGGGUCGCGCGCGGGCAGUGAGGAGAAGGUGGGCUCCAGACAGCGACUCCAGAUGAAGGUGAAUGAAUAUAAAGAAAAUCAAAACAUCACUUGUGUAUCUCUGAGACCAGUACAGACUACAGUUUUAGGAAAAACACCUAAGGUUUAUCUUGUUCCCUUUUCACUCAGUAAUUACAAGCCAGACCAAAUUAAGCACUCCAAAUCCCUAUUGGAUAAGAAUUCUAACAAUGAAGUUGCAUGUAAGAAAUGUAAGGAGACUGAAAUAAGGAAAACUUGCAGAAGGAUUUUAACUCCAAGGAUGGAAGGCACGUCUUCCAAGGCAGAAUCUACUCUGCAAAAAUCAUCCUUAGAUGUUUAUACUGAAAGUAACAAGCGACAACACAAGAGCACUUCGGAUACAGUGAUUCUCAGUGUUGAUACGGAAAGCAGUCAGGAUCUAGACAGUGAUGAAGAUACCACACCAGGCCUGGAUGAAUUUUCAGGAUUGUCAUCGUACGAAAGGAAGAGACUGAAGAAUAUAUCAGAAAAUGCAAACUUUUUUGCUUCUCUUCAGUUGUCUGAGUCAGCUGCAAGGCUCCGUGAAAUGAUAAAGAAGAGGCAGCCUCCUGAAUCCAAAAGUGGAUGUAGAAGGUCAAUGAGAUUACUAAAAGUAGAUCCUUCAGGAGUGUCAUUACCAGCAACCCCAACUCAGCCGACAUUAAUAGCAGAUGAAAAUUUCCUCAGCUAUAAAGCCAAUUUAAGUGGCAUGGUCAUUAAUGAAGAUACUGUUCAUAAAGUUACCAAAGGCGCAAUAUUUUCUGUGGCUCUCCACCCAUCAGAAAUUAGAACUUUGGUGGCAGCUGGGGCCAAAUCUGGGCAAGUUGGACUUUGGGAUUUGACUCACCAAUCUAAAGAAGAUGGAGUUUAUGUUUUCCAACCCCACAGUCAGCCAGUUAGUUGUCUAUACUUCUCACCUGCGAAUCCGGCUCACAUACUGUCACUGAGCUAUGAUGGCACGUUACGCUGUGGGGAUUUUUCGAGGGCUAUUUUUGAAGAGGUAUAUAGAGAUGAAAGAAGUAGCUUUUCCUCUUUUGACUUCUUGGGAGAAGAUGCCUCCACUUUAAUAGUAGGACACUGGAAUGGAAAUAUAUCACUGGUAGAUAGACGGACAUCUGGAACUUCUUACGAGAAACUUAUCAAUUCUUCUUUGAGCAAAAUAAGAACUGUUCAUGUCCACCCAGUGCAUAGACAGUAUUUUAUCACUGCAGGAUUGAGGGAUAUUCAUAUUUAUGAUACAAGGCACCUGAAUCCCAGGAGAAGCCAGCCUUUGAUUUCUUUGACUGAACACACAAAGAGCAUCGCUUCUGCCUAUUUUUCACCUCUUACUGGUAACAGAGUAGUGACCACAUGUGCUGAUUGUAAGCUGAGAAUCUUUGACAGCAGCUGUAUAUCCUCUGAGAUUCCUCUGCUCACUACCAUCAGGCACAACACUAUCACUGGGCGAUGGCUGACCAGAUUCCAGGCUGUGUGGGACCCUAAACAAGAAGAUUGUGUCAUAGUUGGCAGCAUGGCUCAUCCACGACGGGUAGAAAUCUUCCAUGAGACAGGAAAGCAGGUGCAUUCUUUUUUUGGUGGAGAAUGCCUUGUCUCUGUGUGUUCCAUCAACACUAUGCACCCAACUCGGUAUAUUUUGGCUGGAGGUAAUUCCAGUGGGAAGAUACAUGUUUUUAUGAAUUAAGAAAGCUGCUGAGUGUUUGGUUUAGCAACACCAAUUUGUUCAAAUUAAUCAGUGUCUAAGGAGCCUAGUAAUUCAUGUGGCUUGGCCUGUUUUUAAUAUGUUCUAUUUAGUGAAUAUAAAAUUGCUUUAUUAAUAAGAACUGUGAGCAGAAUGUAUACAGUUACAUACUUAACAUGUUUAGUAAGGGAGAAGCCUUUUAAGUUGUUUCUUUAGGGUGGGGAAAGAAUUUGAGAGGAGGCUGUGAUGCCUUCAGCACUUUUAAUCAGGCAGUAUGUUGAGAAAUUCUGGCAUUAUAAAUUACAAAGCUUUGAUCAGUAUUAAAAGUUUUUUUGGUUUAAUGAUAUGGUUUUGAUUCUGUAGUGAUAUUUGGAUUUGUGGUUUAUUUCAUGGUUUGGAGUGAAUAUUUGUAGACUUACACACUGGAAGGGAUCCUGAAAGGUCAUCUAACUUAGUGAUUUUGGAACUUAAUUUUUUUAAUGGAGAACUCUUUUUUUUCCCCCCCUCCUGCCUUUAAAUUAAAAGUAAAAUCUUAAGAUAAUUGUUGAGGAGCCUUAGUUCACUUGGACAGGGGCCUGGGUCUUUGUGUGCUGACCCUUUUACCUCCUCUAGAUGGCUCCUGAAGCAUGAGCCAAGGAAUUGUAGGGCUUCUAGGAACAGGGUUUUGAUCUGCCUGACCCUUGUAAUCCAGUGUGAGAUUGCCUUCAGACCAGUGUUUUCCAGACUGUGGUUUGUAGCUAUUCACAUGAAAUCAGUGUAGCCAUGACCAGCCUUUAAAAAAAGGAAAAGGAAAGAAAUAGUAAAGAAUAAUAAAUGUAAUUAGAGUAAGUGUUGUUUUGUGAAACUUAGUAAUAUGUGCAUACAUAUAUGUAAGUGUAUAUGCAUAUGUAUAUUCUGAUGUAAAACAUAUGUCUUUAUUACUGUGGUACUACUGUGGGUCAUAGUUAAAGAAGUGAAAGCUCCUGCCUUAGAAGGUCCCAGACACCCUUUUCUGUCCCUGUCUUUAAACUCUCCAGAGGAGAUUCAUUAGCCUAUUAAGUGAAUACCUUCAUUCCUAAUUCAUACUGGGGGGAAAUGUUUUGAUAAACCACUUUUGGCAUUUUGUCAUAAACUUUUUUUUUUCCCCAGAAGUUAGGGCAAUGUGAAUGUGUUUGUUGUUGGAAGGGUAGCUUCUUAACUCAGUGACUAACAUUACCGUGUGAUAGCACCUAUCCGACUUUUUUCAUUGCUCUUCAUUGCCAAACUACUACUGAAAGACUAUUGUAAAUCGUUUUUGGCAAUAUGUUUGAAUUCUAAGAGGAAAUAUCUUCUCAAAUUAUAUAUCACAGAAAUAAAAUGACAUGUAUAAUUUCCUUCUCUGUAAUGAGAGGUUAAGUCUAAUUUUGAGGCCUAGUUUAUUAAGUAGGUUGUGAGUGUUUAUAAGUAACAAGAGUUCUCUAUUUUCUUGAUGAUAGGCGUAUAGGAAUUGGUAAGUGAAAUGGAACAUUAAUUUAUGAAAUGGAAAGUAAAGCUAAGUGAGGUUGACUUCUAUUAAACUGCCCUGGAGAUGGUAAAUGAAGCCUCUAGGCUUCCUUUCCCUUUUUGAUACCACUUCAGUUCACAGGUUCCAGGGUGGCAACUUCUGUGAGAACUCUUUUUUUUAACGAUAUUGAAAUUAGCACCAUCCUUUAAGCUUUGAAUACUUGGUCGUAAUUGCCUGGUUUCUGCAAUAAAUGUUAGCAUAUUCUUGAUGUU